GCUCCUAUGCUUAACUAGCUAGCUGCGGGCAAACAAUAUAAUAGGAUAGGUUAGCUUACAUCAAAUUGCAACUUUUUAUUUUAUUUUAUUUUUCUUUUCCUGUUCGCUUUAAUUCGCAAGAGAAGAGGAAUCUAAAUCUAUAAAAGCUCCACCAUCAUCUUAACUCAUCUUCAAAUUGCAUUGAGCAACAUUAUCCAGAGGGGAAAGCUUAUACACAUCCUCUAACCGUCAACAAGCAGCUAUGACAAUCAAAAUUCAUUUCAUAGUGUCCUUGUAUUUACUACUCUUAGCCAUCACAAAAGUGAGGACGGAGCUGCUGCCAAAAGAUUCUGUUCCUCCGUCUUGGAAGGAUAUAGAUAAGUAUCCCCUUGAAAAAUCUAUUGCACUAAUUGGAGGUUUUGUCAUCAUUAUUGUGAUCACAUUGGUACUCUUUAAGAGAAAUUUCAUUGAUAGCACUGGAUUAAUUUUCGGUUUAUGGAUGUUGAUGUCGUUUGACAACGUUGUUGAAAAUUCAUGGGAUAUUAUGUCACUAAGCUAUUUGUUAACCUCUUUCCACAUUACGGUCGCUUUCUUUGGACUAACGUAUUGGAUACGUUUGAGUGUUAGAGAGUAUAAUAAGACAAACACAAGGCCGUCAAUUGAUCUACUGGUUGAAAUCGGAGCUUGGUUUUUUAUGUUUAUUUUGAAUUGUACUGUAGCUGCUGUAAAGCACUCGCUUCGGAAGCAACAAGAUCAAGUAUCUCAAUGGUAUCCAGUUUCAAUAGCUUUUGCUACGAUAGUAGAAAGUUACUGGAAAAGGGGAAGGAAAAUUAGAGCAAAUCGACUGAAAUCACCACUUAUAAAAAAUGUGGAGGAUGCCUUUCAUGAUUUUGUAAGAACUUGCAAGAAAGAACCUCAGAGUGGUAAUAUAAUUGAGUUCAACCAAAAAUUAAAUGAUUUCACAAGAACGUUCUGUAUUUUAGUAGCUCAGAAGCGGGAAGCUCUAAUAAUAAAUUAUCAAUGAAAGACUUUGAGGCAGCGGGUGGAUAUAGCUCAAGGGGCC